AUGCUAAUUGACCCUCUCCAAAUUGUGGCCCACUGUGAUGUGAUGGUCCUGCAGGAGGUGACAGAUGCCAAGGGUACAACUGUGCCCACCCUGCUUCAGGCCCUGGACAGGGACACCUGGGUUCCCUGGUCCGUGGGUGCUGGGACCUACAUGGCGCUGAGCAGUCUGCCACUGGGCCACAGCACCUACUGGGAGCAGUAUGUUUUCCUCUACCAGCCAGCCCGGAUCUGCCUCCUGGAUGCUUUCACAUACCCAGACUUGGCCCCUGGGCGCCCUGAUGUCUUUGCCUGCGAGCCCCAUAUUGUCCGCCUCCACCUGCCCAGCCGGGUCCUGCCAACCCUGGUGCUCAUACCCCAGUACACAACACCUGAGAAUGCAGAGGCAGAGAUUGAUGCCCGCUACGAUGUCUUCCUGGUGGCUCGGGAGCACUGGGGCAUCGAGGACACACUGUUGUUGGGGGAUUUCAAUGCAGGCUGUGGCUAUGUGGCGGUGUCACGCUGGGGCCAGAUCUGAUUGCGCCAGGCACCAAUUUUGCACUGGCUGCUGCCCAAUGGUGCUGACACCACUGUGCAUAACAACACUCGCUGUGCCUAUGACAGGAUUGUGGCCCAUGGUGACCACUGCCUCCAGGCCAUCAUCCCCAACUCAGCUAAAGCUUUCAACUUUGCCACUGCCUUCAGGCUCACAGAGGAGCAGGCCCUGGCUGCAAGUGACCACUAUCCUGUGGAGGUGAUGCUGAGUUGUGGCCUACCCCAGCCCCUUACCCCUGUCCUGCUGCUGCUGCUGCCUGCUCUGUAG